AUGACUUCACUAAAAGGCUUCCUUCCACCUGCAGGGAGUGCUCUAUGGAGAAAAGACCGUGGACGACUGUCCUCAGAGAGCGAAGGCAGCUUAUCGCCUUCAAUCAAGCAUGUCGUCAUAAGAGAGGUAUGGCAAAGAACUAACCCUUCACCGCACGCCUUGUACAAAAUUGAUGUCAUGACCAAGUCGAACCACUGGUUCAUAUUUCGAAGGUACCGUGAAUUUUACGAGCUCCAUAAAAACCUUGUGGCUUUGUAUGGUAUCCCUAAAGAUAUGUUGCCACCAAAGAAACUGACUUCCAACAUGGCGCUGUGUCAUCUUGAGAAACGGAAAGCGGCGCUGGAACACUACCUGCAGCGACUGGUAAACAGCAGCACUUACGUGUCGACUUCACCAGAAAUCCUCGAGUUUCUUGAAGUACAACGGCAUGAUGUGAUGGCAGUGACAAAAUCACUGGCAAGAGAUUUGUUUCAGAAAGGAAGGGAAGUUUUGGCGAAAGGUGAAAGUUUUACUUUCUCUCCUACUCAGUUGUAUUGUGUAACGCGUCAGUUGCAGUUACCAGAGCCAAGCAGUCCGAUGGAUCAAACAGAUGCAGCAGAUCUGGGGAAUUUGUAUGAUUUCGUUUAUCAGCUGCAAUCACUUUGUGUUAGCAGCAUUGUAAACAAGUCUACAACUUCACAGGAGCUUUCCAGUCACUUGGAGUUUGACAUCUCCUUGUUCAAGUCCCUCAGUUGUUUAAUCAUUGAUGGCUGCCCUUUGACACUGAUCAAUAACCUGGCAAAAGUCCAGUCCCAGAUAACAAGUCUAACAGCACGUUACUGUCUGACAAACAUGAAGGAGCUGCUUGUUGAUUGUGCCGCAGAGAAACGUUCGGCGCCCAAAGUAAAGGGUCCUGUGGAGUCUUGGAGAGGUCAUACCACAGCAAAACUGAUGCAGAAUCGUGUUGUUGUCCAACCGUGGCAUCAGCUAACACGUCUUAUAUUAACACAUAACAAACUAGUAGCAUUUGACACAUCUCUUAAACUCUUGCCAGUUCUACAAAAUCUUGAUUUGAGCUAUAACGAAUUUGUUCACUUGGAUCUACAACAACUGUGCUGUCCAAGCCUUAUGUACUUGAACCUGUCUCAUAACAACAUCCACUUCAUUACAGGCAUGCCUGGAGGGCUGGCUCAUUUGAAGUCUCUUGUUGUUAGUCAUAAUAACCUUGAGACUGUUAGUGGAUUAGACUCUCUGACAGGGCUGAUUGAACUAAACAUUGAGCACAAUCAGAUAUACACCAUCCAUGAAGUUUCCAAGCUGUGUUUGAACUCCCAUUUGAAGUACUUGUGUAUUGCUGGAAACCCUUUUGCACGAGCAAAACCUUACAGGGUGAUAGUACUGUCCUUCUUCAAAGGUAAAGAGCUGAUUCUUGACAAGAAGCCUAUAACAAAAAAAGAACGGAUGAAACUUAGAUCCCAUCCCACUAAGUUACGAGCCAGCACCAGUCCAGAUCACGUGUUGGAUGAUGAGCCUGCAAGUGAAGAUGGUCUGGCUUCUCGUAGAUAUCACAGCUUAAACUUGUUUGGUCCUUCUGAGAGUGAUGAUGACUCUGGUAUUGAAGGUGCUCCUAGCCUAGCAAGCAACAGUGUAAUCAUUGGUCCAGAGGAAUCUGAGAUUUUGGACAAAGAACUGUCAUUUAACUGGUUAUACUACCCUGUGGGGAAUGCUGUACCAGUCUCAAAUAACAUCACCUGCCUUCCUUCUGAAGACAGCAGAGAGGAGCAGAAAGAUCCAAGUGUUGCUACCAACAGUUUUGUUUUGGAGAAUGCAAAUACAGCUAGAAAGGAAGUGACUGAAUGUUAUCUUGAUGAUCAUGAUUCCAUCAAAAGCCCUGGUACUUUUAAUGAUAAAUCUACUACAUUGGGUUCAACUUCAACUUUAGAGGCAGAAGAAAGCAUAACACAGUGUUCCUCAACUUUAAAUCCCAAUGCUAGUGUGCCUACAGAGCAGUUAUCAAGCAACUCUACUUUGUCUGCUGAUGAUGUUCACAUCACACAGCAUGACUCCAAUGGCAAGUCUGAAUCAGGUGAUGGCCAAAGCCAUCCAACGUCAGCUAGAGCUAAUGACUGUCAACAACUGGUGGAAAAGGACAAUGAAGGACAACAAAUUGUUAAGGAAUCCACAAGUGUCGCGAAGCCGAUGAGUGGUGAACAGAGCUUUAAUGCUAAGCAGACAGUGUUUACAAGUGACCAUUACCAACAAAUUGGUUUUUUACCAAAUCCAACAGAAUCUUUGCUAAUGAAUGAUGAAUAG